UCCCCGGGGCAGGGCUCGGCGGGGCCGGUGCGGUGGAGCGGAGCGGGACCGGGUGGGCGCAGUGCCGCGGCGAUGUUGGGCGUGCGGCUGCAGCUCCUGGCGUGCUGCCUGCUGUUCGGCGGCACGGCGCGGGGCUCCGCCGCCCUCCGCCGGGACGAGGUGCCCUCCCUUCGGAAUAAAGGGAUAUUUAUUAUACAAAGUGAAGAUUCCAACUUAUGCAUUAAAGUGGACACCCUUGGCCUUGUUCUGGAAGACUGCGAUCAGCUGUCAAAAGACAUGUUAUGGAAAUGGGUAUCCAAUCGCCGUCUUUUCAACAUAGGCAGAAGUACCUGUCUAGGACUGAACAUCAGUAGGCCAGAACAGCCAUUGAGCAUGCUUGAAUGUGAUUCAACUCAAUACUCAUUAUGGUGGAAUUGUGAUGGAAAAGCAUUAGUCGGUGUGUCUGAGUACAAAUUAGCUCUUGAAAACAGCAAACAUAUUGUGGCCCAAAAACAAUCUACUUAUCAGUGGAAACAGUUUAUGUCCUAUGAUGAAGACCUCUGUGAACACCCAUUUCAAGAAACAUACACCUUGCUGGGAAAUUCCUUUGGUUUCCCAUGCAUUUUUCCAUUCAAAUAUAACAACAAGUGGUAUUAUGAGUGUACCAGAGAUGGAAAGGAAUUUGCCUGGUGUGCCACAACAACUCACUAUGAACAAGAUGAAAAAUGGGGGUUUUGCCCAAAUGCUGCAGAAACUGGCUGCGACGUUUUUUGGAAGAAGAACCCUGACACAAACCUUUGCUACCAGUUCAACCUUGCAUCUGUGCUGACCUGGCGUGAGGCAAGAGCUGCCUGUCAGCUGCAAGGAGGAGACCUGCUGAGUGUCACCAACCCCGAAGAGCAGAACUACAUAAGCAACCUAAGCAGGCAGUUAAAUGCCACAGACAUGAUGCUGUGGACAGGCCUGAAUCACCUGGAGGAAGAUGCUGGCUGGCAGUGGUCAGAUGGAGCACCACUAGUGUUUGUGAACUGGAGAGCAAAUGUCUCUGAUAACCGGUUUAGAGAAAAUCAUUGUGCAGUGAUUAAUUCAAAAUUGAAAUAUGGCUGGCAAAGUUAUUUAUGUGAAUCUGGAUUGCCUUUUGUGUGCAAAAAAUACUUAAAUAAGACAGAGCAUGAAACACUGGAUACAUGGAAGUAUUAUGCCACUCGUUGUGAUUCUGGCUGGUACCCACACAAUCGCAACUGCUACAGACUUCAUAGAGAGGAGAAGAGCUGGAAUGAUGCUUCUAUCUCAUGCCAGAGUGACAAUAGUGGGCUCAUUAGUAUAUCCUCCAUGGCAGAUGCAGAGCUGCUCCUUAACUUGCUUGGAAGUGAAAAUGUAUCUGAAACAUGGAUUGGGUUAUACAGUAAGAACACCUCUGCUGUUUUUGAGUGGUCAGAUAGCACCCCAGUAAAAUUCUCUAACUGGCACAGCCAGGAACCUAACACCUUUGAAAGACCAGGACAGCUCUGUGUUUCAGCACAAGGACCUGAGGGACGCUGGAAGAUUAAAAAAUGUGAAGACAGAUCUUUCUAUGUUUGCAAAAAAGCAGGGGAAUUCAAUAAUGUCUCUCCUGAGCUGGAAUCAAGUUGUCCAGAGGGAUGGGAAAGACAUGGUGGAUAUUGUUACAAAAUCGACAGUACCCCUCGAAGUUUUGAACAGGCUUCCAGUGGUUAUUUCUGCCCAUCUGCACUUGUAUCAGUAACAAACAGGUUUGAGCAAGCUUUUAUCAACAGCAUGAUCCAGAGCAUGGACAAAUCUGAGAGAACUUAUUUUUGGACAGGCUUGCAAGACCUUAACAACACAGGAGAAUACUUUUGGCUGAGUACAGAGGGAAGGAAUCACUCCGUGAGCUACACAAACUGGAACAAGUACCAACCACGCCAUUCAGGAGGAUGUGUGGUUAUACGAGGGCAGGAGCCCAUUGGUUACUGGGAGGUGAAAAGCUGUGAGAACUUCAAAGCAAUGUCACUGUGCAAGCAAAAACUCAACUCUUACGAAGAACCUGAACUUACUUUUCAAAAGCAUUUGAGUUCCUGCUAUUUCGGAUGGGAGUCAGAGGCUCAUCUGCUCAGCUGCUACAAGAUAUUUCACAAUGAAAAAGUUCUAAUGAGAAGAACAUGGGAUGAAGCAGAAGCGUUAUGCCAAGAUUUUGGAGCACAUCUUGCUAGUUUUAGCAAUAUCUAUGAAGAGAUAUUCUUAAACAAUUUAUUAUAUACGAUUUUUGAUAGGACAGAAGAAAGACAGUUCUGGAUUGGAUUUAAUAAGAGAAACCUGCUUUCUGGAGGGACAUGGCAGUGGUCUGACAGAACACCUGUUGUAUCUUCAUUUCUGGAGGGCAAGUAUGUUGAAGAUGAUUCAAGAAACUGUGGUGUGUUCAGAGUAAAUCGAACGGUCUUCCCAGCACACUGCAAUGAAAAGCGUGAAUGGAUAUGCAAAAUACCAAAAGGUGUUAAACCGAAGAACCCAGAUUGGUACAUAGCUGAGCUGCCGUGGUCAUAUUACCAAGGAGCAGAAUAUCUCUUCCAUGUCAGUCAAACAGACUGGGAAACGUAUGAGUUUGUCUGUGGCUGGCUUCGCAGUGGAAUGGCAACAAUAAAUAAUUCUGGUGAACAAGCCUUUAUUCAAAAUAAAAUUAAGAAGCUUUCAAACAGUGAUGUUCACUGGUGGAUUGGAUUGCACGCCGAAAACUUCAGUGGUGAAUUUCGCUGGAGAGAUGAAUCACCAGUAACAUACCAGAACUGGAAUGAAGGGAGGGAAAGACAUCAGGAGAAACCAGGGAAAAGAUGUGGCUACAUUUCAUCAGAAACAGGACUCUGGGGUGACGAAAACUGUACUGUCUCUCUUCCCUGUAUUUGCAAACGUAAAUUUGCAUGGAAAAUAGAGAAAGAGAUCCCAAAAGACCAGAGCCAACAAGGAGUAUGUCCCAAAGGCUGGCUGCACUUUGGAUUGAAAUGCUUUUUGAUACAAAUUCCAAAGGAUCCAGAGCAUCUAAGGAACUGGUACUCUGCACAAGUGUUUUGCAGUAGCUAUGCUGGGUCACUCGCUUCCCUUGAAGAUGAACUGGAACAAGCUUUCAUAACAAUGAAUCUGUUUGGACAGAAGACUAAUGUUUGGAUAGGUUUCCAGAGUGAUGAUUAUGAGAAGUGGGUGAAUGAAAAUCUUCCGAUGUAUUCCAACUGGUCUCCAGUUGAAGUAGUGCGUAGACAGCGCUAUAACAGUGCAAACGUCGAAGAACAACUUCCACUAUGUACAGUGGUAUCAAAUAACCCUAAUUUUUAUUUUACGGGAAAAUGGUACUUAGAAAACUGUCAGAAAAAUUUUGGGUUUGUCUGCCAAAAGGAUCAGGACACAUCCAGACAUGUCAUCAAUGCAUCUGAAACAUACCCUGUGCCGGAUACCUUAGAAUAUGGAAACAGAACAUACCAACUCUUACGUGGGAAUUUCACAUGGUCUUCGGCUUUAAAAACCUGCAUGGCAAAUGGCGCGGAGUUGGUCAGCAUCACAAACCAGUAUCACCAAGCUUUCCUCACAGUCAUUGUGAAUCGCCUGGGAUACAACCACUGGAUCGGGCUGUUCACUUCAGAUAAUGGGCUUAACUUUGAGUGGUCGGAUGGGACAAGGUCUUUGUUUACUUUCUGGAAAGACGACGAGUCGCAGGCCUUUGGCAGUUGUGUUUACAUCGAUACUUGGGGGCACUGGAAAAGUGCUAACUGUGAAAGACUUCUGCAAGGAGCAGUCUGCCAUGUGCCACCUAAAAAGAAACUCACUGCCUAUAAAGGCUUAUGUUCAGAAAAAAGUGUUCCCUGGAUCAAAUUCAAAAACAGUUGCUACAGCUUUUCCACAGUUCUGCAGGGCACAAGUUUGGAUACUGCAUAUGAAGUCUGCAAAAAUCAAGGAUCAAAUCUUCUAACUAUUCAAGAUGAAGACGAAAAUGCCUUCAUUUUGGAAGAAUUGCACAGUUUUGGUUAUUCUGUGCAAAUGAUUUGGUUGAACAUCCUGCUUGUUACAGACAAUGAGACAGUCUCCUGGUUUGAUGGUUCUCCCUUAAACUACUCCAACUGGGGCAUCAGGGAGCCUGAAUUUGAUCAUCUCAAAGGGAAUUUCUGCAUCAGCCUGAGGACCACAGAUGGUGUCUGGCAAUUGUCUUCAUGCAGAGAAAAAAAGGGAUUUGUAUGUAAAAUGGAUGCAGAUAUCGAUGCAACAGAAUCCUCUGAAAAAGCAUCAGACCAUGGACUUGUCGCUCUGGCUGUUCUCGUGACACUGGUGAUGCUGGGUGCCAUUUCCCUUUUUCUGUGGUGCCUCUACAAGCAGAAUAACCAGCUCUUCCGCAGGAUACUGUGGGUCAGAAAUGCCUAUUUGCCACAGAUCAAUGCUGAUGUUCCUCCUUUGGAAGAAAGCAUCCUCAUUUCUGAUUUUGAGAGAAGUGACAACAAUUAACUGAUCAGAAUUCGCAAGCAGUCACAUCUUCCAUGCGAAACUCCAUGAUCUGCAGUGGUUUUCUCCUUCUUGGGAGUUUCCCCAGGGCACCCAUAUCCAGAGAAACUCUUGCAGUCAUUCGUAUGAAUAUCAUAGGGGCUUCCUACCUUGGAGAGCUUUUGCUUUGUGUUAGGAUAAAGUGAGGAUGCAAGGCAGAACCAUUGAGAAACUGCCUCUUUUGGAGCAAGCUGGGAACUGAAAAUACUCCCACACUAUAAACUUCCAACUGCUCAUAUGGGGCAGUCAUGUCCGAGGCCUCAGAGCAGCAGGCAUUCUCAUGAAACUUUUUCCUUUGGGAACAAUUGGGCUUUUGUUUUGUUUUAUAUGUUGCAGAAUCUGCUCAUGAGCCAGCAUUGAAAUCUGGCAUUGAAUUUAGGAACUCUGAAACAUACCCCAAGGAUUAUGGGAUAGAUUUUAUUUUGUUAAUAGCCGUUCCUUCUGCAGAAUGAGCAGUUACUUUUCAGAAUGUGGAUUCUUGCCAGGUGGAUUUCCAAGCUUGCAGAGGGAUGAAGUCACUUUUGAAUUGAAGGUGCCAGAGUUUUGGUAGUUUGGCCCGUGGUACCUAUUUCGUGUUAUAAAACAAGUUAGUCUAGAGAUAUAAUGGCAUCUGGGCUUUGUCAUCCCCAAGGUAAUAUAUUCAUUUGAGAUGCAUCCACUGCCCUGUUAAAAUGUAACUGGGUGAUAUCUCACCUAGGUUAUUUCAGAAAUGGAAUCCCAUCAACCUCUUUUAAAGACACUUUGGGGCAGUAUCUGUUUGAAGAAAAAGAACUGUUGCUGAAGUUAUGGUAAUAAGUUGCUUUACUGUUCACCUACAGUACUUCUGCAAGCAGCAUUAAUGUGUGCUCUUGUGAGACCCUGCUCUCAAAAGCUAAGGAUGAUAUGUGGGGAAGCUCUUCCCAAAGGGUGCUGUAUUCCUAUAAGCUGAUGUAGCAGACCCUCAGAAGGACACUUCACUUCCAGUGUUCAUACUAAGGUGCUAACAAAGGAGGUAGGCUUAGAUGACCAGUUGGUCUGCAGGCUGGUGGUUGUGAAGGACCCAGCUCAGGUCUCGGCAGUACCUCAGUUACAGCAGCCCAAGACAGCAGUGCUUACUCUCCAUGGGACCACCCUCACCAACCCUUCACCCGCAUCUCUUGGAAGUUCCUGGCAGGUUCUCAGGGAUGUUACUUCUUGUUUUUAUUACAGUGUGGAAAAACAGAAGGUUGGUCAGGACGAGCCAUUUCAGAGAGGAUUUACUGUGCCUUCAGUGGCCUCUGCGAGCUGCUGUGCAGGGCUGUGUUUGUUGUGGGGCUUGUUGGUUUGCUUCUUUUAUGGUGACUCGUUCUAGCAAUUUAGCAAGAGCCCUAACAUGGAGGUACAUCCCUCUGAACUAAGCGAGCAGCCAAGACCAGCUGAAAUGUUUUUACACACGCUUUGUGCACAUGCACAGGAAUGUAUGGCUGCCUUUCAGUUACGUUUCACAUGGCCAAUGCUAGAAACAAAAAUUGCCUGUUCAUGUUAUGAUUACGUAUAAGGCUAUUUUUAAAAAGUAUUUAAUACACAGAGUAUUUCUGUGCCAGUUUACAGAACUGUUCAAAAAUGUUGUCAGAGGCUGCAGAUGGUUUUGAUCCCAAUAUAAUUUUCAGUUUACCGUUUUCUGUAACUUCUAUGGGUGUAGCUAUCACAAGUUUUUAACCUGAGGUUUUUCCAUCGUAUAAAAUAUAAACAGCUUUUCUGUGUAUAUUUUGGCUAAUGGCUUGACACCAUACAUUAGUAUUCAGUAAUGUUUUAAAGGUUUGGGUUUAGUCAUCUAGAUUUGUCUAUGGGGCUGUUUUUAUAUGAAGUCUCUCAUUAGAGUUUGUGGGCUGAAACUUUUGAGUACAGUUGCCAGAUCAUCUGCAGUUUGUAUGUAUGAGCUGUGAUAGCUUCUUUACCACCAAGAGAAGAAAAAAGGUUGUGACCGUUUCCCCCUUCCCCAUGAGAAUUUCACCUGUUUAUACUACAGUUGGAGGAACUUAAACCAACAAAUCCUGUUCUUCCCAUUCACUGACUAGCGUGUGAGUGCUGCCUUCUCACAGUAUGGCAAGCAGAGUGGCUUGCAGGAUGGGUUUUGUUUGCUAGAGUAAGCUGUGUUUUCUCCAAGGAUGUGUAUUCAUCAGGCUACAGUGUUGUUACUAGUUAUGCAGGCUCUUGUCAGAUUUUGAUGUGGUUAAUGAAAGUGUAUAUUCUUUUUCACAAAACUUGACAUAGGCAUUUUAUCAAUUUUCCUUGAGGAAUGUUGUAAUCAGUUGAAUAUGAAUGUUUGAAGGGCAGUGGCAUAAUAAAUAACCCUAACCUCAGAAUAGUGAUCGUUGAUUAAUAUUAACUCUGAUGUAGGUUACCUUUCAUUAAGGGAAAAAUAGUUCAAGCAGUAUUUUCUCACUACUUUGAAAUGGUUUUGAGGAAACAGACCCUUAAAUAUUUAUUUUUAAAUCUGUCUUCAUUGAACUUUUAUAAUUGCAGGUAUUAUUCACUCAAGAAUGUAACUGUUGAUUGCUUCCUAGUGUUUGUUCUGGGUUUUGUUACCCAUCUUUUGUUUUCCCUUAAUCAGAGGUCUCCUGUACUGUUCCUGGUGAGAGUAUGUGGUGACUAUGGUUUCACUGCUGACCUUGAUGACACUGGCAGUGAGUUUCACUGUAUUAUUUCAGCUGGAAAAUUAAAGUGUCCUUAAUAAA